GACACUAUGCCAAAAUAACAUCAUAUAUUAUUAAAGUCACAUCAUUUUAAUAUUAAGAAAGUCACACGAUGACCUCUAUACUAAGUUGUAGUCUGAAUUUCUAUCAUAGAGCAGUCUGCGUUUAUGCUCUAUGUUGUUCACAGUCAUUUCAAAAGUACCAAUAUCCAGCACAUCAGUCGGCUGUAAACUUCCAACGUAUGUGUAUGUUACUCUGUUUUAAAAACUUCUUCGUAUUUUACGAAAACUCUUAAAACACUAAAAGUAAAUGAAAAACGAAUGUAUGGUCGAAAAUACAUAUAAUUGCUGCUAGUUACACUUAAUUAAAUAAUUUAGUGUAAAUAUAAUAUUACAAAAUAAAAUAAUUACAAAACUUUAACAUACAGCCUGAUAUGUUGCCCAAGAUGUGUAAAAGUGCAAAUUAUUUUAUUAGUGUUUUUCUCGUUAUGGUGACUUUUACUUUUUCCGAUGCCGUUAAGGAGAAUUGUAACAAGUAUGAAGACCUGCUUCAGAGGUGUUCCAUGGGGCUACCGGUUCUCAGUUCUCCCAACAUAAGUUUCGCACUAACGCGUGACGAUUUGGACAAGAGCUGCAUAGACCUCCUUGCCGGUAUCAAAUGCAUAGACAACUACACGGACGCGUGUAUGGAGAAACGCGAGAAAUUCCUCUUCCGUCGGAUCUACGCUGGCAUCACGGACGUCGUCCAAAGAUUGUGCACCAGAGGUGAAUACCAGGAUGAAUACCUGAAACAUGCGACUUGUGUGAAAAGCGUCCGAUCAGAAUACGAAGUAUGCAGUAAGAACUAUGAAGUUACAUUGACCACUUUGAGUAGCCGUAAUGAGUAUCAGACUGAUGAUAUGUCAACAACACACGAAGACUACUUGAAGACUGUUUGUUGUUCAUUCCAAGAGUAUCUACUGUGCUCUGAGCAGACAGUUCUAAAGGCUUGCGGAGAUGAGGCUGCCUUGUUCACCAGCGAAUUCCUGAAAAGCAUGGCAUCGAAUAUCAUUAAGAAUUUUUGCUUCGAAUAUCGGGGACAGGAAUGCGGCUUGGCAGGUAAAGCCUCUCUUAAUACACAUAGCGUUAUUUUGUUCGGUGUUGCCGCCUUAGCGCAUUUAACACUGAACGCUGGCAACCUAGUGCCCGCGUAAUUCACCACGAAUAGUUGCCAGGAAAUUAAAUUAUUGCACGAGGUUCUUGAUGUGGAAGCGUGGUUCUAAACGAGCAUAUCGGACGGUUGAAUGCUCAGUCGACUGUAUAGUUAAUAGUGCGGAUGGAUGUUUACAGUUCCUCGGUUCGAAGCCUUAUUUUAUAAGUUAAACUUAUAUUUCGUUUUUCAUUACGUAUUGAUUUUAUUAAUCUAACUGUGAAUUGUAUUUAUGAAAUUCGUUUUGUUGAUCAUUAAAAUAAAAUAAAAUAUCGUUACUGUUAUUUGUUGUAUUGUAAACUUUUAUUUAAAACAAAAAUUUGGUUACAUUUCAAAUUGAACAGCAAUAAUGUUUCUAGUCUAAUUUAAAUCUCGGUUAAUACGUAAAUAAUUUUAAUGCGAAAGACAUUUUUAAAUUUUUAAAUACGGAAACACACAGUUAAUAAAAAUUUGUUUAUUUUAUUUUAAUUUAUUAGUUCUAAUGAAACAUUCGAAACAGAAUCAAGUAGUAAAAAAGAAAACUGUGCAAGUUAUAUGUAUAUCAACGUAGUCCGGUAUUUGUGAACUGUAAUGUUUGCAACGAAAAAUAUUAUUUUUGCUUUGAUCAUUAUGAAUGAGGUAAUUAUGAUAUAUUUUUUAAAUCAAAAUUGUUGCUUAAAUUACACAUACACAUAUAUGUAUAUGCUUUUUUAUAAAACUAAUGGAUGAGGUAAACGAUCACGUGUCUGGUAAAUCAUAUCAGCAGUCAAAGGGACUUCCGGUGUCGUAAUAUUAACUUGAGACCGCGAACAAAAUUAAAUGAUUAGCGAUUUUAUUAAUUAUGCUUUAUUUUUAGCACGGAAGUCAAAUAAUUAAUACUGCUUUAUAAAAGUUUUGAAUAGCUAUAAUAUAUUUUUUUAAAUUCAAAGUUACGACUCGAGUCAAAUGAGAAUUAAUAUAUUUGAAGGAAAUACAAACACAAAAAAAAAAACUAUUCUAGAGAUAACGUCAGCGCAAUAUAGAAAAUGCAUAAACCCGUGAGUCGAUUGAAAAUAUUUAAAAGAGGUUCAAUAAUAAUUGUAUAUUUUAUAAUUUUGGCUAUUAACAAAAACAUGUUGGAAUUGUUUAUGUUUUACGUUACACGUCAGAUCAUGCUGUGACAUACAUAUCGACGCUUGAAAGGCAAACGUGACUAAGCGACAAUGCGUGAACUUUACAGUAGACUAAUUUAAAGUUGAAAUACCUGAAAAUAAUCUAUUUUAACGGAUCUAGGAUUGAAAUCAUUUUAAUACACCUAGAAAUAUAUUUUUUGCGCAUCGAAUAUGGUUAUUGCCUAUCAUUUAUGUAUAAAGCAGUUAUUGUCGCUUAGUCACGUUUGCCUUUCAGCGUCGAUAUGUACCUAACAAAUGAUUUUGUUUUGGCUGAGUAAUCUUGUUAGGGCAGAUCUUAGCAAGUUCUCUCAGGCUGAACAUUGUGAGCUCGACCAUCAGUCAAGGUGAAGAAGCCUCUCGAGGCUAUCGGCUGAUAAAAAACCUGAGUAAUGUAACGUACAAUGAAGAAUGGUGUUUAUUUAAAUAAAUCACAAAAAAACAUAAAAACUAAUAUUACGCAAUAUGGCACGACGCAGUUUUGUAUUUAUCCAGCGAUUCUUCUAGAAUGUAUUUAUAAGUUGAGAUUUGUACUUUUACGUAAGGAAUGUAUGAAAAGACUUUAAAAUAAAAUAAAACAUACAGUAAAAAAAUGCAUCACUAAUUGAGGCCGUCAACGCAAAAGUGGCCUAACCCACAAUUCAUAUUCGUGCUUAUGUAUUGCAAUUUAUUUAAAACAUAAUAAAUUUUGAUGCAAAGUUGGCCUAUCCCUAGUUUCAUCCAUAGAUAACAGACGACUUUGUAAACAUCAUUUUAGCGCGCAUUUCUUUUACCUACGAAGUAUUGUAAUGGUAAAUUUGAACCUCACUAUCUCCAUACUAACUAUGAUAAGCUAAGGCCAAUUUUGCGCAGCCGACCUCAAUUUUAAUGUUACCAACAUUCGUUUUUUUUUAGUAAUUACGAGAAAAUUAAAACAGAAGUAUGUUUGUAAUUGCGGAAUUUUGUUCAGUAGAUGCCGUUUGAAAAUGUUAAUCUUUUCUUUAUUUAUUGUAAAUAACAUUAUAUAUUUGCUAAGCUCAGAACACCCUGUGAUAGAUCGUAGGAAACAAGUUGUUAUAUAUAAUGUAGGUAACAAAAGAAUGCACAGUUUUAUAUCUUAGUGUACAUAUGUAUAAAUAUUAAAUUGAAUCAUAACAUAAUAAUUAAUGAAAAUUAAUAUAACAAGUAUUUUACUGGUGGUGGUAGAACGUCUUGUGAGUCCGCUCAGAUAGUUCCCACCAUCCUGCCUAUUUCUGCCGUCAUGCAGUAAUGCGUUUCGGUCUGAAUGGUAGUCGUUGUACUUUAAAAACGGAGACCUUAGAACUCAUGUCUCAAGUUGGGUGGCGGCAUUUACGUUGUAGAUCUCCCUGGACUCUGGUAACCACUUAACACCAAGUGGACCGUGAGUACAUCCACCCAUCAAAGCAAUAAAAAUUUGGAUGUGUCAAAUAAUUUUGUAUUGAAAAUUUUAAAUUUUAACGCGCACUUUUAUUUCGAAAAGCAGUCAGUUUGAUUAUGAAAUCUUUUUUUCCAGUAGUUAUUACAUAUCGACAAUUUUUUUUUUUGCAAAUUAUUAUUUAUUAUUAAAUGCACUUGUAUUAAUCUAUGCACUGGAUUUUUAUAUUGUAAGUGAUUUGUAAAUAAUCUAUAAUAUAUUAAAUAAUAUUAUAUUAAUAUCUUAUCCGUUCCGUAUUAAUUAGAAAAACUUGUAAAAGACGCAGUCUUUAGAGAUUACGAAAAAUAAAAUAAUCUGAAAUCAUUAAA